AUGGCCAGCGCAAACAUUUUUCACGGCUCUUCGCGGGCGGGCCUGCCUCGAGAUGCGGUUCAAAUCAUUCCAGGUCGAUUCUGCUUCCUCUGCAUGACGGGGACUCCUCGAGACACGCAAACUAUACACUUCUUCAGCACAGACGACAGGUUCCAGUACGAGCCGUUCUUCGCGGAUUUUGGGCCCCUCAACCUCAGCUGCAUCUACAAAUACGCGAAACUCUUAGAAUCCAAGCUCGAAGAGACAAAGGGAUGCCAGAAGAUCCUUAUUCACUGUACAUCUACCGAGGUGGACAGGCGAGCGAAUGCAGCCCUUCUGAUCGGCGCUGCACAGAUGCUGCUCUUCGGCGUGACUGCUCAAGAAGCGUACAGACCCUUCUUCAGCUGCCCCAAAUUCGAGCCCUUCCGGGACGCAACCUGUGGACCUUGCAGCUUCAAGUUGACAGUUCUCGACUGUCUCAAGGGGCUGGAGUACGCAAUGAAGCUAGGCUGGUUCGACUACAAGACAUUCAACGUCGACGAGUACGACUACUACGAGAAACUGGAAAACGGCGAUAUGAACUGGAUCAUCCCAAAUCGCCUUCUCGCGUUCUCAUGUCCGUCGAGCGCCACCGGGGACAAUGACGGGUACACGACGUGCACCCCCGAAGACUACGUGGCGGUUUUCAACCGCUUGGGAAUCAAAACAGUCAUACGGCUCAACAAGCGCCAGUAUGACGCCAGAAAGUUCACUGACAGAAACAUCGAGCAUGUCGACCUCUUCUUUUUAGACGGGACAUGCCCCAGCAGAGAAAUCAUUCAGAAGUUCCUUCAUGUCGUGGAGAACAGGGACCACCCCAUCGCGGUGCACUGCAAGGCUGGACUGGGGCGGACAGGGACCCUGAUAGGGUGCUACGCAAUUAAAAACUUCAGGUUCCCUGCUGUCGAGUGGAUCGGCUGGAAUCGGAUGUGCCGCCCAGGAAGCGUUCUCGGACCUCAGCAGCAGUUCUUGACAGAAAUUCAGCAUGAGCUGUUUCAGAUGAGCGUCGCAGAGAACUUGAGGAAUCCACGUCGAACCCAGCUUUCGAAAUCGCCUGCUGGGUCGUCAACAGCCUCGUCAACGCAUCUGAAAGAUGAUCUUGCUGACUGUUUGGCGAAGCUGUCUCUGGACGACCGCCGCGUGGCGGAGUAUGGAGAUGCUGGACAGGGCGAGCGCCUGCUAAAUGCCAAGCGGCAGCAGCAGGCAGGCGUGUCGAGCGGCACGCCGCCAACGGCUGCGCCGCCCGUCAACGGCAUAGACAGAGGGCCGCAGAGGAAGAUUCUUCCUCUGCCUCUUCUUCUGUCGCGUCCUUUGUCCAGCACGACAGUGCCGUUCACAGAGCUGCGGAAAGGCCCCAGCAUGGGGACGACGGUGAAUCUGGCGCCGAGCAAAUGCGCCUCGACUGUCACCACGGCAGGCGGAGCUGGCCAUGACGGCGUCCCUUCGUCGAUUGCUGCCGCUGCUGGAAGAGCGCCGAGGUGUUCAGCUCGAAGCGACCGCUGA